AUAGACAGGCACCACUUCCCUUGAGGAUUCACUAGGUGAGGAGCUCCCUAGGAACAGCUCGAUCCACUCAUGAACCCAUACCACCAGCGGGAUCAUUUUCUGGAAAUAGACAAGAAAAACUGCUGUGUGUUCCGGGAUGACUUCAUUGCCAAUGUGCUGCCACCGGUUUUGGGGCUGGAGUUUGUGUUCGGCCUCCUGGGCAAUGGCCUUGCCCUUUGGAUUUUCUGUUUCCACCUCAAAUCCUGGAAAUCCAGCCGGAUUUUCCUGUUCAACUUGGCCGUGGCUGACUUUCUCUUGAUCAUCUGCCUACCGUUCCUGACGGACAACUAUGUGAGGAAGUGGGACUGGAGGUUUGGGGACAUCCCUUGCCGGAUCAUGCUCUUCAUGCUGGCCAUGAACCGCCAGGGCAGCAUCAUCUUCCUCACGGUGGUGGCGGUAGACAGGUAUUUCCGGGUGGUCCAUCCCCACCAUGCUCUGAACAAGAUCUCCAAUCGAACAGCAGGCAUCAUCUCCUGCCUCUUGUGGGGUGUCACCAUUGGACUGACAGUUCAUCUCCUGGGCCAGAAGAGGUUGAUCAGGAAUGGCAAUGCGAAGUUGUGCAGCAGCUUUAGCAUCUGCCAUACCUUCAGGUGGCACGAUGCGAUGUUCCUCCUGGAGUUCUUCUUGCCCCUGGGCAUCAUCCUGUUCUGCUCAGCCAGAAUCAUCUGGAGCCUGAGGCAGCGACAAAUGGAUAAGCACGCCAAGAUCAAGAGGGCCAUUAACUUCAUCAUGGUGGUGACAAUUGUCUUUGUUGUCUGCUUCCUGCCCAGUGUCGCUGUGCGCAUACGUAUUUUCUGGCUCCUGCGCACUAUGGGUACAAAGAACUGUGACAUCUAUCGCUCGAUUGACCUUGCGUUUUUCAUCACCCUCAGCUUCACCUACAUGAACAGCAUGCUGGACCCUUUGGUGUACUACUUCUCCAGCCCAUCUUUUCCCAACUUCAUCUCCACCUUGAUCAACCGCUGCCUCCGGAAGAAGAUGCCGGAUGAGCCAGUUAAUAACCAGAGCACAAGCGUCUAGCUCACGGGGGAACUGAGUAUUGCUAGGAGUGUUCCAGACGCUUUAAUCGCUGACCCCAGUGAGCCAUGGAGCCCCUCCUAUCUGACUCUGGCCUCUCAUUAAAUAACCAAGCCAAGAAAAGAGGUUGUCACCAAGAACCAAGAUCUCUGGAGAAACAGUUUGGCUGGUGCACAGAGUAACGACAUCAGACUUGGCUUGAGGUUUCCUAGAACGUCCAGAUUCAGAGAAUCCGAUUUAGAGAAGUGGUGUGGCAGAGUGGGCUGCUUGGUUGCAGAGUGUCACCACAGAAAUCUUGGGGGAACGGAGGAUAGAGCUUCUAGGCAUCUGAAACUUCUGCCUAACCUUGGACACUUGCAGAACUGAAGAUGGCAAAACUGUCCACCCUUCUGCCGAGCAGAGUCAGAGCUACAGGAGACGCCCAUCAGCACCUGCGAUUCACUGGCCUCUUUCCUUCACCUGCCUGAGCCUUGGAUGGUUCUCAGCUCCUGGGGUCAUAUCUAGCCUGUGUGUGGGCUCUAGUUGGGACAAGGAGAGUGAAGUGAUUGGAGGGGAGUUCUGGCUCCUGGAAGAAGCCCAGGCAUCAUUAGACAAGGCAGUAGGUCACCUGGGUUCCGUGGGACCAAUUCAUCUUUCAGCCAAGCUUUAGCAGAAACAGUCUAGACGGAGAGACUCCCGAGCUGUGGUGAAUAUCUGAGUUUCGAGCGGUGGUAAGAAGGAGAUUAUCCCUGGGAGGGAUGGGGCAAAACAGUAUUUCUGAGGGAAACUGUUACAACUAAUCCAUUCCUCUGCACUGAUUUGAAAGUUGAACAAUUGAAAAGGCUUCAGGGAAGAGAGCUCCUUCCCACUUGUGUUUGGUUUUAUUGUUAAAAGGGAAAUGCUGCCCAAUGGUUGGGCGGGGGGGAGCUUCCUCCCGGUUCGUUUGCUUGUGUUUCUGUACUUAUAAGAAACUUACCACUUCAAUAAACUUUUAUAUGAGACAAG